AUGAACGACUACGCGGGCCUCGAUGAGCUACUCGCCCGGGCGCUGCGCGGUGCCCCCUCAAUCGGACCCGAUUUCGAAUCAGCCGAGAUGAUGGCGACCUCCUCUUCCAGCUCCUUGUCUUCUUCUGGCUCGGGUGGUGGGCUCGAGGCGGUCUACCUGGAGGAGGAGGAGCACGGCCUGACCGCCCUCUACGCGGCCGUGCUGCGCGGGGAUGAACGAGCGGCCGAGGCACUCCUGGCCAAGGGCGCCAUGCCCGAGAACGGCGGCUGUCGUGGCGUGCCGCCCCUCUUCUCUGCCGCAGCCCGCGGCAACGCCGACCUCGUGCGGCUGUUGCUGAAGCAUGGCGCGGACCCGAACAAAGAGGAGAGGAAACAGCGGCUGGCGCCGAUCCACAUCGCGGCGGACAAGGGCCAUGUAGAGGCGAUCGAAGCCCUGUUGGAGGCCGGCGUAGCGGUCGACCAGAAGGCAACACAGGGUGACAUGACCCCGCUGCACCACGCCUGCUCCACAGGGCGCCUGGAAGCCGUGAAACUCUUGCUGGACAAGGGCGCAGCCGUCGACGGGCUGAACAACCCGGGCAACACAGGCCUCAUACUCGCUGCUGGCCGAGGCCAUGGGGAGGUGGUGGACUGCUUGGUGUCGCGGGGCGCCAAUGUGAACGCCCACUGCAAGCGGGACGGGCUUACGGCCCUGCACGCCGCGGCCUGCUUCGGCCACCCGGACGUGGCGCGCAAGCUGAUCGCCGCCGGCGCAGCCGUUGACGCCGCCUUCGAGCCGUUCCGUCACACGCCCCUCCACCUCGCAGCCUCCAAGGGGCAGGCGGAGUCGGUCAAGGUGCUGUUGGAGUGCGGCGCCGACCCCAACGCUCGGAACAAGCCCGGCGCGACGCCGCUCCGACUGGUCGCGUCGGCCGAGAGCGAAAUGGUCGACAAGAAGGUGUUCCGGGACGUGGCCGGACUGCUCCUGGAGAGCAAGGCCGACAUCAACUCCGCCAACGAUCAAGGCAACACGCCGCUGCACGCGCUCGUGACCAAGCAGGCCGCGCUGGAGAACAUCUGCUUCUGCUUGCAGUUCGGCGCGGACGCCAACUACACCAACAAGGCGGGCAAGAGCCCGUUCGACCUGGCGCCCAAUGGUGACAUCCACCUGGUGCUGAUGUCGUUCGCCGAAGACCGGUCCACACAGGGAGUUGUUCGGGAGCGUACCGCUUCGGUCAGCCUAUCGUCUCCCAACCUCCCCAGUCCACGAGGAGCGGCGGGAAGCGAGGGUAGUCCGCUGAGCCCCGAGAUCGUGCCGCGAGCACGCGCCAUGAGCCUGGGCGGGUCCUUCGAGCGACCGGAAAACUGGGAGGCCGACGAGUCGGUCAGCGCCUGCCGCGCCUGUAAUGCCAGCUUCAUCCUCUGGCGCCGACGGCACCAUUGCCGCAGUACCUGCCCCUCGCUCACACACGACACACACCGCACACGUUCGACCGCACACACUGACUUGUGUGUGGACCAGGCUGUGGGCUGA